AUGAAAUCAAAACGUGCUCGAAAUGGACCACGUACUUUGAAAGAGGACAUUAGAAAUACUAUGCACAUGUCAUCAUCGCGACCAAAACAAGACACUACACCCUAUCUGGCAUCAAUUAUGAAUUCUAGUGAUCCGAACGUUGAAAAUCCUACAUUCAUUUCUCGACCAAAUGUUGCCUCUAAUUUUAAAAGAUCGCAUAAUUCCUAUCCAACAAUAUCAACACUAGCAUCUAUACUAGUUGAUCCUAGUGCAGCAGGAACGGAUAAUUCUAAAUUAAAUAAUUUAUCAGUAGCAGAAUCUGAUAACACAUCUCGUUUAUCGGUAUCAAGCGAUUCAAAACAAGCAAAUACAAUGCUUUCAACAUCCAUGCAAAAUUUAAAUCAUUCAACCAAUGCAACAACAAUGGGAACUGGUAUUGCACCACCUCCUGUUAAUUUUCAACAACCAUUACAUAUGCAAUCAACGACACCAUCGGUCGCUAAUGGAAAAGAUGAUAUGCGAGGAUGGCUAUAUAAAUGGACUAAUUAUUUGAAAGGCUAUCAAAAACGCUGGUUUGUUUUACAAGCUGGUGUACUUUACUAUUAUCGUUCACAAGAUGAAAUGACACAUACAUGCCGCGGUACAGUUUAUCUUGAAUCAGCACAUUUAUCAUCAAAUGAUGCAUGUCAUUUUAUUAUAUCCAAUGGUUCCACAAUAUUACAUUUGCGUACAUCAACUGAAACUGAUAAGCAACGUUGGAUGAGUGCAUUAGAAUUAGCUAAACAAAAAGCAUUAAAAUCAAGAAAACAAUAUCAAGAUUCUGAUGAAGAUAUAUCAACAACCGAUGAUGCUAAUGAUCAACAAUUAAAUCAAGCGCAUCAAACUCAACUUCACCAACAACAACAACUAACGAACCUAAGUGAUCAAACGAAAUUAUUAACAACUACGACUGAGCGUGCUGAAUUAGUUACAAUGAAUAAAGCAUUUGAUUCUAAAUUAGAUGAUUUGAAAAUGUGUAUGGACUUAAUUAAUCGUCAUUAUCAAGCACUUUAUCGUACACUUGGCGAUCUUGAACAAAUUGAUAAAUCAGAAACAACCGUAAAUAUAAUUAAAAGUGUUAACGAACGUGCUACAUUGUUUCGUAUUACAUCAACAGCUAUGCUCAAUGCGUGUCAGGAACUUGUUCAAUUAAUACAAAAUCAAGGUCGCAAAUGGCAAAAAGCCAUUCAAUUCGAACGUGAUGCCCGUUUACGCAUGGAACGUAUGUGUGAACAAGUCGCGUCACAAACAGUUAGAUUAGAAAAACAAAUGCAACGUGCAUCACGUAACAAUAAAAAGAGUGUUUCACCAGGUCGCUCAACAAUUACUGCUAUCAAAUCAUCAGAUUUACGUGGAGCAAACGAAGGUAGUACUUUAUCCGAUGAUGAUGAAUUUUAUGAUGCUAUUGAUGAUCCACAAACCAUUGGCGUUUUUCGUGUUCCACUUCAACAGCAUGGAUCAAAUAAUGAUAAAGAAUCACCAAAUAUUGUUGAUGAUGAUGCAAGUUCGUAUGAUGAAGAUGAAAGUGAAUCAGAAGAACAAGAUGAAAAUAAAUUACCAAUGGUUAUUGUUAAAGCACCAAAAACUGGAGAAAUAACUAAUGAAGCGGCAGUUACAACAGAAUCGACUUCUUCUGUAGCAGUACAAAAAUCUGGUAACAAUAGUAAUCAACAAGUAGCAGUAUCAAAACGUAAACGUCGUGAUGGUAUUCCUGAACGACCAAAUUAUAGUAUCAAUCUAUGGAGUAUCAUUAAAAAUUGUGUUGGUAAAGAUUUAUCGAAAAUUCCAAUACCAGUUAAUUUUAGUGAACCAAUCUCAAUGUUACAACGUAUGACAGAAGAACUUGAAUAUAGUUCUGUACUUGAUACAGCAGCUAAAAUAAACAAUAAUUGGGAACAAUUAGCUUAUGUCGCUGCAUUUACUAUUUCAUCUUAUUCAACAACAACAACAAGAGUUAAUAAACCAUUUAAUCCAUUACUUGGAGAAACAUAUGAGUGCGAUCGAACUGAGGAUCUCGGUUGGAAAUCCAUCGCCGAACAAGUUAGCCAUCAUCCACCAGCUUUAUCAACUCAUGUUGAAGGUCAAGGAUGGACUUUAUAUCAAGAAUUUACUAUGACAUCGAAGUUUCGUGGUCAAUAUUUAAGUAUAACUCCAUUAGGUUAUUCGCAUUUAAUAUUUAAAAAUACCGGUAAUCAUUUUACAUGGAGAAAAGUAACAACUCUUGUCAAUAAUAUAAUUGUUGGCAAACUCUGGAUUGAUAAUGUUGGUGAAAUGGAUAUUAUAAAUCAUACAACCAACGAUGUUUGUAAAUUGAAAUAUUUUCCUUAUAGUUAUUUUUCUAAAGACGUUCCACGUAAAGUAACUGGUGUUGUUACAGAUGCUUCCGGUCAAGCUCGAUGGGUACUAACUGGUACAUGGACCGAUAAAAUAGAAGGCGGUCCCGUUGAAUCGGCGCCAGGUCGUAAUCCACAUCCUCAUCAUAUGGAAACACGUAAUAUGAAAUUAUUGUGGCAACGUAAAAUGCCCCCGCCACACCUUGAGUCUAUGUAUAAUUUCACGCAACUUGCUAUUGAAUUAAAUGAAGACGAACCAGGUGUGGCUCCAACAGAUUCUCGUCGUCGACCUGAUCAACGUUUGAUGGAAGAGGCACGUUGGGAUGAAGCUAAUCAAGAAAAAUUACGUGUGGAAGAAAAACAACGGCAAGUAAGACGUACACGUGAAUCUUCUGAACAUUACAAUUAUGAAUCUAAAUGGUUUAAACGACAACACGAUCCAUUAACGGAUUCCGAAAUGCACAUAUAUACAAACGAAUAUUGGGAAUGCAAGCAAAAGCAAGAUUGGUCAAGAUGUGAUGAUAUCUUUUAA